GUAACUCGCACUCCCACAUGGACCCACUAGCUCCUCAACUACCGGCGGUGGCGUCCGCCACCCAUCUCGCCUACCCGGACUCGGUGGACUCGUCUCCCCGGUCUCGCAACCUUGAUUCCUGGGACGAGCCUCUCCCUUCAAUCCCUGGCGGCUAUAAACUGCGCCUGAUGUGUAGCUACGGCGGCCAUAUCGUUCCCCGCCCUCACGACAAGUCCCUCUGCUACCUGGGCGGUGAGACUCGAAUCGUGGUAGUGGAACGCCACUCCAGCCUUGCAGACCUCUCCGCUCAGCUCUCUCGCAGCCUCCUCAAUGGAUGCUCCUUUGCCCUCAAGUACCAACUCUCUAAAGAGGACCUUGACUCCCUCAUCUCCGUUACCACCGACGAAGAUCUGGAGAACAUGAUUGAAGAGUACGAUCGCACCACCACUUCCUCCUUGAAGCCCUCUCGUCUCCGCGUCUUUCUCUUCCAUACCAAGUUCGAAACCGCCGCCUCUGUCGGCUCUCUCCUCAGCGAUUCCAAAUCGGAAAACUGGUUCUUGGAUGCCCUCAACGUUGCUGGAAUCCUGCCGAGAGGAAUGUCUGCUGACGCUGGUUCCGUUAAUUGCUUGCUGGGUCUGAACGAUGUUAUCCAUGUCGACCCGUCUGCUGAUGGGGAGGCUCAAUCUGAUUCCCUGGGUGGCAAUAACAAGCAGGUUAAUAAAUCUGGGCCAGAUGUUCAAUCGCUGUCGGAUUCUCCAGUGAUGGAAACCAAUUCAUCUUUUGGUUCAACAACUUCUUCGCCUUCUAUGUCUAAUUUGCCUCCGAUUCGGGUUCAUGUUGAGGAUGGUGUUCGCUUGCAUGAUCAAAAGGUUGGGCUAGAGGAACAUUUCUCGCAGCUGAGCGUCGCUGCUCCGCACAAGCAAGAGGAGGGUUUUGUUUCCCUGACUUGUCCGCGACCUGUUCCGACCAUCGUCGCAGCUGCAGCAAUGGCGCCAGCUGUUACGGUUAACCCAACCACUGUUGCUAGUGAAAACUCCGGCCGGGUUUACUCGGACGAUGAGCGAUCAGAUCAUGGAGCCCCUGUUGGUUUCCGGAAGCUGCCACAGCCGCAAUUGCAACAGAGGAUGGGAGUUGAUUUACCUUCCCCAGAUGCAGCUGCAAGAGAUGCCAAUUCUCGCCCGAAACCAGUGUUCUAUCAAGAUCCAGUCGCACCUGCAUCUCCCGCUAGAGACAACAGGGUCCCUGCGAUUCCUGUUGAUCCGAAAGCUAACAUGUCUGAUCCAAGCUAUCGGAUCCAGAUGCAGCAACAGCAACUUCAGGAUGCUGGGUACGUCUUGCCUUCACAAUUGGAUCAUCACCAGCAGCAGCAAUUCAUCCCGGCAGGCACGCAUUACAUCCACCAUCACGCCACUGGACCAGUACCCGUCUCUUCAUACUAUCCAAUGUAUCCUUCGGCGCAGCAGCAGCAGCAGCUCCAUCACCAACUCGAUCAGCAGCAAUACCCAAUGUAUUUCUUGCCUGUUAGGCAACCACAAGCUUACAACUUGCCUGUUCAAUCCUAUGUAGGCGACACUCCAACCGUCCCAUCUAGUCGAGCCUCAACACCACCCAACCCUGCCAUGAUCACUUCUGCUGCAGCAGCAGCUUUCAAAGAGUCCGCUGCGCCUGUUUAUCCCCCCAUGACCGCAACUCCUCCUGCUAAGCCCGAAUCGGCAGCCCAUGUGUACAGAACGGCUGCCACAGCAGCUCCACCGCUUAUUCACAUGCCUUCGGAUCAGCAUCAGCAGCAGAUUUUGGGUUACCAUCCGAUGCAUCACCCGUCUCAGUCGAUCGCCGUUGCUGCUAACUAUGCAUACGAAAACACCGAUCCUGCGCACUCUCAGAUAUACUAUACUCAGCCUUCAGCCUCUACAUUGGCUCAUCAGUAUCAAACUAUGACCGGAGCAGCAUCAGCAGUGGUAUCUGAGGCUUCUGCACAGUUGCCCACAGACAACUCUAAGCAGCAUCAGCAGAAGAUUAGAUCUUCAUAACCAUUGUGAGUUAUCCAUCACUGAUCGCUGAUGAAGGAAAGAAACAAUUUUGGUAGGGGAUGGAUUUUGGUAAAUUUUUGUACUUUAUUUCAAUAAUUUUGUUUUGAGUGUCUGGUUAUUGGUAUUGGUUUGUGUUAGAAACUCUUAAUCUGUCUGAGAUAGGAACUAAGUAUCUGUGAUAGGGAAUAAGGAAGUGGGUCAUCGUCUCUUUAUUUAUUGUAUGUUAUGAACCAUGAAUGUGAUGCAGGUCUUAGGAAGAAAAUAUAAGUUGGUCAAUGGAGAUAGGAGAUAUCUAGAUUAAAUUUCUCCAUUAAUAUAUGUAUACCAGAAAUGGCUUUGAAU